AUGUCCAUUGACGCUGAUCUCGCCUUCCUCAGCAUACGUCUAUUGGUUGAGCUUCAGUCUCCGCGCUCUCCCCAUCCUAUGGCGUUGUACGAGUGGAUCGUUUACGCCUUGCUGAAGUCGCCGCUAUUUCAUCUAUGGCAACUUAAACAGUCCGUUCAUCGCUCCAAGAAGCUCGCCCUCGACACAAUCGCCCGUGACCUAAGCACCCAUGGAGUGGAGCUGAAUAACGACGACAAUGUGACUCUGGAAUCACUGCAGCUGGGAACUGAUCAAGUCUCUCUUGUUGUUUUCGAUGACCAGCUCAUGACUCAAGUCCUCCUGGACUCAGAAGGUGCCGACAUUCCUCGGCUUGUUAAGCUCUUCCAAACAUCUCUUGAUCUCGCAAAGAAGGCCAUGUCACCUUCCGAUGGCGCGAAAGUGACGAACUUUGGUUCAGAGCAGGAGAAAGGGCCUGUGUUGAACGGCCGCCCCUUUUACAAUCGAGGCCCCCCUAUUGCUAUUUUUCAUCCCGUGUCUGCCCGGUUCCUACAACUGAUUAGGCGGGACUUGCGGGAGCUAGAAGCGCACAACUGUAUCCCCCAGACAUUUGUGAACAGCGUUCACAAAUUUCUCCUUGUAUCGUCGAAGGUAUAUAAAAAGGAGCAUGACCGACGGCAUGCUCUGGAGCCCAUCCUGGAGGAGCUCCUCGCCAUGGACGAUGCGGUCGCAAACGCGGAUCGCUCUUGCAGUGAUGGCCAGCAGAGCUUCCGCGCUCAAGGCCAGAGGCUAGUUUCCCUCCUGUGGGAACUCAAGAAUGAAAUCGGGGCAGGGGGAUGCUGCCCGGUCGUGCAGAGUAGUUUGAGUUAUCGCAAGUAUGCCGUCAAUCCGAAGCGCCUCCCGCUCCUGUCAAUUUCAGGAAUUCCUGUUUUUACCCUUGCCAUUGCUGGGCCCUGGCUCUCCGUAGGUGGCGCUUUCUUCGGUGCUGAACCAAUGGCCCAGCAACUCACCGACAUGGUCUACAUCGGGUUUGAUCCCCUACACGAUGAUUGCCUCUUACAAGUUGCGAACAUACUAUUCGCGCUAAAGACGUGCUGCCGCGAUCUUAUUCACUAUUACACCACCCUUGAACCAAAUGGUCAUUCUUCAUCCUUCCCCCGCUCCGCUUGUUUCCCAUCCCAGACAUCUUAUCCCUGCGGCGGCAACUCCGUCGAAUUUGUGUACGAGGAUAUCUUGGUCAAUAGGUCCGCAUCUUUGAAGCUCCCUGCGAAGGCCGUUUUCAAGGCGAAGACCACAUCCUUAUCCGAUCAACGCUCAAUCGUCGUGAAAUUUGUCCGUCGUUACGGCGGCCAAGUUCAUCGCGUUCUUCAUGCAGUCAACCUCGCGCCAGAGCUUCUCUAUGACGGCACGGAUGACCCCAACGCCGUUGAUUUUGGUGGGCUCAGGAUGGUUGUUAUGGCCUGGGUCAGCGGUACGACUUUCGGCGAGCACCGGGGUCCCAAGGACAGGCUACAAGAUCUACUCAACGAAGCCUUGAAGACGCUUGGCCGGGACGGAUGGGUCCACGGUGAUUUACGACCACCCAAUGUUCUGGUCUCAAGCACGGAGAAUCUUCAAAUCAUCGACUUCGAUUGGAGUGGCCGCAAUGGCGAGGCGAGAUACCCUCUCACGCUGAAUGACACCCUUGAUUGGGCUAACGGCGUUCGUCGAGGAGGCGUGAUUACGCAUGCGCACGACCAAGAGAUGGUGAAAAAGUUGAUUUCGAACUAA